AAGCUGCUGCUGUGAGACCCCAACAGCUCUUCCUGACGGCUCCGAGGGGCGAACACGAGUGUGAGCUCCUGCCUGCCACUGCGCCUGAGGCACCUGCUCUUGGUCUUCAGAGACCCCAGCGCGAGCACCGUGGGAGGAACUGAGCUGAAUAAAAGACCGUGCGCUCAGUGCCAGUGUCUAAUGGCCCCGAAGUGAAGAGCCGAGCGCUGCUCCGGCGGCAGCGCGGCCGGCCUGCCACAGAUGAACCCUCCUAACUAGCGCCGAGGGGUCGGGAGGGACGGCGAGGAGGGGAGAGCCCGAGGGGCCAGCCGGGAAGACGAGGAUAGCGGUGGAUAGCGGUGUGCGGAAGAGGACGGACCCGCGAGCAGCUCCACGGCUACCUGUCGACACAUGCUGUGCUCCAUGGCUAACUCGGGCUGCCUCCUUGUCUCCAACUCAGGCAUGCUUCCUCACUCUCUCCCCUGUCCUCCAGCCUUCCUCUACCUCCAACAGACCGACGCCAGCACACAGUCCAUAGCAGGGACACAGACGGUACCGCAGACAGACGAGGCGGCACAGACAGACAGCCAGCAGCUACAUUCCUCAGACAACACAGACAAGCAGCAGCCUAAGAGGUUACACGUCUCCAACAUCCCCUUCCGAUUCCGGGACCCUGACCUGCGACAAAUGUUUGGGCAAUUCGGGAAGAUACUGGAUGUGGAGAUCAUUUUCAAUGAGCGGGGCUCCAAGGGUUUUGGGUUUGUAACUUUUGAAACUAGCACAGAUGCCGACCGGGCACGAGAGAAGCUGAAUGGCACCAUCGUAGAGGGCCGGAAGAUUGAGGUGAACAAUGCCACAGCCCGCGUCAUGACCAACAAGAAGGUGGCCAACCCUUACACCAACGGCUGGAAGCUGAACCCAGUGGUGGGAGCAGUCUAUGGCCCCGAAUUCUACGCAGUAACGGGAUUCCCAUACCCCACCACGGGGACAGCCGUGGCCUACCGAGGGGCACACCUACGGGGACGGGGACGCGCCGUCUACAACACCUUCCGAGCUGCGCCGCCACCGCCGCCCAUCCCCACCUACGGCGCGGUCGUCUACCAGGACGGGUUCUACGGAGCUGAGAUCUAUGGGGGCUAUGCUGCCUACAGGUACGCCCAGCCUGCGGCAGCAGCGGCAGCGUACAGUGACAGUUACGGCAGAGUGUACGCAGCAGCAGACCCCUACCACCACACCAUCGGCCCCGCCGCCACGUACAGCAUCGGCACCAUGGCUAGUCUAUACCGAGGAGGGUACAGCCGCUUCACUCCCUACUAGCAAGACAGACCCAGCCCCCCCACCACUGCCCCCGAUGCUCACUAGCACCAAACCAAACCAG